AUGACGACGAAAUAUAUGGAAAGGGACUCAGAAAAGAUACAGGUUUCUAGCCUGAAGCAAGACGUUGCUUUGGAAACAAUUCCGACUGAGGAAUCAGAAAAUUCGUCGUCAUCAAUUUGGAAUUUUAUCCAAAGAUUAUCUAAGAAAUUAGAUUCGUUAGGAGUAGAGACGAGAGGUAUAGAAAGAAUCGAGCCAUAUGAAAGAUCCACAAACAAAGUCAAACAAUUGAUAUCUGUUAUUGGAUUAUGGUUGUCGGCCUGUGGUGGUUUAAGUUCUAUGUCUACGUUUUUAUUGGGACCAUUAAUUUUUGAAUUAGGAUUAAAAAAAUCAUUAGUGUCAAGUUUAGUUGGUCAAGCAAUCGGAUGCGGUAUCGCUGCUUACUGUUCCUUAAUGGGGCCAAGAUCAGGUUGUCGUCAAAUGGUAAGUGCUAGAUUUUUAUUUGGUUGGUGGUUUGUGAAACUAGUCAGUCUUGUUAGCAUUAUUGGGGUUAUGGGUUGGUCUGUAGUCAAUAGUGUUGUUGGAGGCCAAAUUUUACAAAGUGUAAGUGACGGGAAGAUACCUCUUGUUGUCGGUAUUAUUAUUGUGGCCAUUAUAUCCUUAUCUGUUGCAAUCGGUGGUAUUAAACACUUAUUGAGAGUUGAAACGUUUUUGAGUAUUCCCGUAAACGUAGCGUUUUUAUUGUUGUACGUUGCUGCUUCUCAAAAAUUUCACCUUUUAUCGAAUCUCGACGGUGAAGAAAUCAGAGGCAUGUCUGAUGCGGUUAAAGGCAACUGGUUAUCAUUUUUCUCAUUAGCAUAUUCAACUACCGCAACAUGGGGAUCUAUUGCUUCCGAUUACUAUAUAUUAUUCCCAGAAAAUACCCCUGAUGUACAAAUUUAUUUCCUUACGUUCUUCGGUAUCUUACUUCCAACAAGUCUUGUUGGUGUUCUUGGGUUACUCAUUGGUAAUGUUGCAUUAUCAUACAAGCCAUGGGGAGAUGUGUAUGAAGUGUACGGAAUGGGAGGUCUAUUGAAUGAAGCCUUUAAACCUUGGGGAGCAGGUGGGAAAUUUUUGCUCAUGGUAAUAUUCUUAUCCUUGGUCUCAAAUAAUAUUAUAAAUACUUAUUCGGCAGCAUUUGGCGUCCAAUUAGCAGGUAUUGGAUUCUCCAAAGUUCCAAGAUGGAUAUGGGCUAUUGUAUUAACAGCAAUAUACCUUCUUUGUGCGUUAGUCGGAAGAAAUAAGUUGGCUACUGUUUUAGGGAAUUUCUUACCAAUGGUUGGUUACUGGAUAUCUAUGUAUUUCGUCAUGUUGCUUGAAGAGAACUUGAUUUUCAGGUCAAAGAGGUUUAUUCAUUUAUAUACAAAGGAGUUUGCCGACGAUGAUCUGCAGCAAUCUUUAACUUCCGGUGCUAGCUUAAUUACAUCUAAGGAAACGAGACAUGACCAAUACUACAACUUCAAGAUCUGGAAUGAUUAUGAGAAAUUGAGCAGAGGUCUAGCAUCCACUGCAGCAUUCAUCAUUGGUGCUGCAGGUGCUGCUAUUGGCAUGGCCCAAGUUUAUUGGGUGGGUCCAUUAGCAAGAUUAAGUGGAGGUGAGUUCGGAGGUGAUAUUGCAAUGUGGUUAUGUAUGGGCCUUAGUGGAAUUUUUUUUCCAUGGUUAAGAUACUGGGAAUUGAAGAAAUUCGGUCGUUAG